AAAAAAUUUUUUUAUCGAUUAACAUGUAAACUGAUAACGAUAAUGCGUUUUUAUUAAUGUUGCAUCAGGGAACUGGCUUACGAGACUACCGAUUAAAUUAUAAACACAUGUUGAACAUAUGAGACAAUUAAAAGAAAUAAAACGCAACAAGUUGAUUCUUAAAUAUUUGCUCAAUAUUAUGUUGCUUUUUAUGUUUACGAUAAAAAAUUGUAAACAAUGACUGAUGAUUCAAGAAUUGAUAUCACGAUAUCUAUGUAUGCAUUGUACGAUAAUUAUAGGGAAAAUUGGAUAUGCUUUAUUAAAUUUUAUUUAGAGGGCUGCACCAACCGGAUCGAAGUUCAGAAGAGAUUAGACAUGGUGUGAAGGUUAUCAGCCAUGUCAGACCCAGUAAGAUCCGUUUCUACUCAGAAAUUCAUACCAAAAAAUAUCACACUUGAUCGAAAUUCAAGAUAACACUAAUGCAGAGAAUCGAGUGAUAUUCUGAUUGACUGGUGUGAAUUGAUACGCGUUAUCAUCCAAGUUUACGACAUCGUUCGAUAUAAGGUAUGCACCGCAUCCCGGUUAAUUCAAUUAAUUUACAAACUCGGACUGUGAUACUCCGAUUAUUAAACUCAAUAAAUAAAUCCAAGAAGAUGGGAAAACUAGGAAAUAUCCGUCCACCAGAGAUGUUGCUAAGAAUAUAUUCGCUCUGCGUAUUAGCAUUGGAUCUUACACUACUUUUUAUCGGAAUAUUCUGUACAAUUUUGACUACAAUCUAUAGAAUGUUCUGUCCACCACCUUUAAAAAAUAUCAACCGUGAAGUUGUUAUGGUCGUAGGUGCUGGACGUGGAAUAGGUAAAGAACUUGCUUUACAGUUAUGCCAAUUAGGUGCCACAGUUGCUUGGGUAGACAUUAAUGUCGAAGCUUGUACUGCAGUCAUACAACGUGCUCAGCAAUUAAAUGGAAUAUGUAAAAGUUAUCAGUGUGAUGUGAGAGAUAAAGAUGCAGUUGCUCAAACGGUGAAUCUUAUUAAGAAUCAAUUGGGAGAAAUUACAAUGUUUUUCCAUUGCUGUGGUUUGCCUAGCCCACGUACAUUGGUACAAGAAUCAUCUGAAGUAAGAGAUGUCAUGGAUUUGUCAGUCAUUAGUUAUUUUUGGUUGUUAGAUUCAAUUUUGCCAUGUAUGAGACGUAGUGGCAAAGGUCAUAUCACUAUCUUGUCCUCUGUGGCUGGCCUCUCUAAUGGAUCAAGUGGUCGUGGAACCAGAGUCCCCUUAUCCACUGCGCAAUUUGCAGUCCAAGGAUUAGCUGAAUCUUUGCAUAUGGAAUUAAGACAUUCAAAUAGCAAUAUUAUUGUUUCAUUAGUCCAUGUUUAUCCAUUUAUUAUUGGGACAGAAGUUGCGAAAGACAUACGUUUUAGAAUACCGAGUUACUUUGGUACAAUGCCUGCAGCAGAAGCCGCUAGACAGAUUUUAGAUGGCGUCCGACGGAAUUAUGCAGAAUUUAGCGUACCAGGAUAUCUGCUUUAUCUCGGACACGUACUUAGGAUUCUGCCAAAAAAAGCAUCUUUUAUGUUACGAGAUUUGUUAGACACUGGAGUUGAUUUUGCAUAAUAUAAACACAAAUACAUGUGGAUAAUUAUA